CCGCCACCGGUCUAGCACACCUUUGCACUUUCUUCCACUUCUCUCUCUCUCUCUCUCUCUCUAAAAAUCUCAAUUACGUCUCAAUCUCUCUAAAAAUCUCAAUUACGUCUCAAAUCAACCACCACACCCUCUCUCUCUCUCUCUCUCUCUCCUCCAGAUCCUCACCUCCUCUGGACUCUCACUCUCUCUCUAGAUCCACCACUCAAUCACCCCAAACCCUAGACUCUCCGCAUUCCCAAUCCCAACUCAAUUCCACAAGCCCAAACCUGGAGCAGCUGAAGACGAUCGGCCGGGAGCUCGCAAUGGGCUCCCAGGGCGGGUUCGGCCAGUCCAAGGAGUUCCUCGACCUCGUCAAAUCCAUCGGCGAGGCCCGAUCCAAGGCCGAGGAGGACCGCAUCGUCCUCCACGAGAUCGAGACCCUGAAGCGCCGCAUCAUCGAGCCCGACACCCCCAAGCGCAAGAUGAAGGAGUACAUCAUCCGUCUCCUCUACGUCGAGAUGCUCGGCCACGACGCCUCCUUCGGCUACAUCCACGCCGUCAAGAUGACCCACGACGACGCCCUGUCGCUCAAGCGCACGGGCUACCUGGCGGUGACGCUGUUCUUGAACGAGGACCACGAUCUGAUUAUACUGAUCGUGAACACGAUUCAGAAGGACUUGAAGUCGGAUAAUUAUCUUGUGGUGUGUGCGGCGUUGAAUGCUGUGUGCAGGUUGAUUAACGAGGAAACGAUACCGGCCGUGCUGCCGCAGGUGGUGGAGCUGCUGGGGCACGCCAAGGAGGCCGUUAGGAAGAAGGCGGUCAUGGCGCUUCAUCGGUUCUUUCAGCGCUCGCCGUCCUCUGUUUCGCAUCUGGUCUCCAAUUUUCGAAAGAGGCUUUGUGAUAAUGAUCCAGGGGUUAUGGGUGCAACACUCUGCCCUCUUUCUGAUCUCAUCACAAUAGAUGCUAAAUCUUAUAAGGACUUGGUCAUCAGCUUUGUAAGUAUUCUUAAGCAAGUAGCUGAACGCCGAUUGCCAAAGAGUUACGAUUAUCAUCAGAUGCCUGCUCCAUUCAUCCAGAUCAAGUUGCUGAAAAUUUUGGCAUUACUGGGUAGUGGUGACAAGCAGGCUAGUGAACAAAUGUAUACUGUUGUAGGCGACAUUAUGAGAAAGUGUGACUCAACAAGUAACAUAGGAAAUGCUGUUCUUUAUGAGUGCAUAUGCUGUGUUUCAUCUAUACUCCCCAAUUCGAAGUUGUUAGAGGCUGCCGCUGAUGCGAUAUCUAAAUUUUUGAAGAGUGAUAGUCAUAAUCUAAAGUAUAUGGGCAUUGAUGCCCUUGGUCGGUUGAUAAAGAUGAGUCCAGAAAUUGCUGAACAACACCAACUGGCUGUGAUUGAUUGCUUAGAGGACCCAGAUGACACUCUAAAGCGGAAAACCUUUGAACUGCUGUACAAGAUGACAAAGUCCUCUAAUGUGGAAGUUAUUGUUGACCGUAUGAUUGAUUACAUGGUAAACAUUAAUGACAAUCAUUACAAGACGGAAAUAGCAUCCAGAUGCGUUGAGCUUGCGGAACAAUUUGCACCAAGCAAUCAGUGGUUCAUUCAGACCAUGAAUAAAGUCUUCGAGCAUGCUGGUGAUCUAGUGAACAUUAAAGUGGCACAUAACUUGAUGCGUUUGAUUGCCGAGGGGUUUGGAGAGGAUGAUGAGAAUGCAGAUAGUCAGCUAAGAUCUUCUGCUGUAGAGUCAUAUUUGCACAUCAUUGGAGAGCCAAAGCUGCCAUCUGCAUUUCUUCAAGUUAUUUGUUGGGUCUUGGGGGAAUACGGAACUGCUGAUGGGAAGUAUUCAGCCUCUUAUAUUACCGGGAAGUUGUGUGAUGUGGCAGAAUCGCAUUCCAGUGAUGACACUGUUAAGGCAUAUGCAGUUUCAGCCCUUAUGAAAAUAUAUGCAUUUGAGAUUGCCGCUGGGAGAAAAGUGGACAUGCUACCCGAGUGCCAAUCUUUAAUUGAAGAAUUAUCGGCAUCCCACUCAACAGAUUUGCAGCAACGUGCUUAUGAACUUCAAGCAGUCAUCAGCUUAGAUGCUCACGCUAUUGGAAUUGUAAUGCCACUGGAUGCAAGUUGUGAAGACAUUGAGAUUGAUAAAAGCCUUUCCUUCCUCAAUAGUUUUGUCCAACAGUCAUUUGAAAAAGGCGCCCAACCCUAUAUUCCUGAGAAUGAACGUUCCGGAGUUUUGGAUGUUGGCAGCCUUAAAAGCCAAGACCACCAUGAAGCUUCUGCACAUUCUCUUAGGUUUGAGGCCUACGAGCUUCCAAAACCAGUGGUUCCAUUGAGGGCUCCUCCUGUUUCACCAUCUCCUUCAACUGAACUUGUUCCAGUACUGGAGCCUUCUUAUCCAAAGGAGGUACGACAUACCGCAUCAGUUUCAUCUUUUUCUGAAGCAGGUCCAUCGGAGCUCAAGCUAAGACUUGAUGGUGUUCAAAAGAAGUGGGGUAAGCCUACUUACUCCUCUCCUGCUCCAUCUACCUCAAGCUCCAGUUCCCAGAAAACUGUGAAUGGGGUGAUGCAAUCUGAUAGCAUGGGAAAUCCAAACUCUAAAACACGAAACGCCUCAUAUGAUUCAAGGAGGUCUCAAGUUGAGAUUUCUCCAGAAAAGCAGAAGCUUGCUGCUUCACUGUUUGGGGGCGCAUUGAAACCUGAGAAGAGACCAUCUUCUACAGGGCACAAGGUUUCAAAGACAAGUAUCAAUUCAGGAGCCAAAGCCCAAAUGGAAAAGGGCAUGAUUUCAGCUUCUGAAAUUUCCACAGAGAAGACAACUCCUCUUCAACCGCCACCAGAUUUACUUGACUUGGGUGAACCAUCAGUAACUAAUAUGCCCCCAUUUGUGGACCCAUUUAAGCAAUUGGAAGGGCUUCUUGACCCAAGCCAAGAUGCCUCAGCUCUUGAUUAUGGUGCUUCUAAAUCGCCCGAUUUUAUGUCUCUAUAUGCUGAUAUGCCUACAAGUGGACAGACUAGUACCGUUGCAAAUCCUCUUUCAAAUAAUUUGGAAUCUUUCGGAUCUGCCAACGGAGGAUCUACAGUGGUAUACCCAACACAAACAAAUAAGGGUCCAAACCUUAGAGACGCCCUGGAAAAAGAUGCUCUGGUGAGGCAAAUGGGAGUGACCCCAUCAACUCAGAAUCCCAACUUGUUUAGAGACUUGCUUGGCUAAAAUGUUUUCGUAUAGCUUUACUGCGCAAAAGCUGAUGUUGGGAUGUUCUUUUGGGAAUAAGUUGCGGUGUUAUUUUGGCACACGGGUCAAGGUGGUUAUAUUGCAAUGUUGAUAGCUGAGAUUUUGAUGCAUCCAGGAUAGAAUGUUUCAGUCGGGUUGAAACCAGGUUAUAUAGUUUUGUAUCGGUGGGAGGAUAUUUUGUAGAAAUACAACCAAAGCUGGCGGUGUAUAGAGUUCCUUACUUGAGCACUGGACUGAGCUUUCGAUGUUGCGGCACUCUGGGGAAUUUGGAAAUCGAUAUUUUUAUGCUUUUCCGUCACACAGGUUUCUCAUGUCUUGUUAUAAUAAUAAUAAUACAUUGGUGAGGAUUUUCCUUUUGUUUUUUUUUGGAAUUUAUCUUUAUUUUAUUUACAAAAAGCUUUGUGCCAAUCUGCAGAGAAAAUUGUACCUUUUCCAUGUAUGAGAACUUAGAACCCUAGUUUUUAUUCUUUUGCAUCAUCUCAAUUUUUAUGUAUGAAUUUCGAAUUCCAUGGUUGUGGGCCCUGCUAUGCAAGUGGAGUGGACUCCAGAUUGCCAAAUACUGUAGCCUAAUAACUACUACGCUGCUAUAUAUGUGGAGUGGCUUUUACUUGUAUU